GACGCGGAGGUCGCCAUCUUCAUGUUCUCAAGGUCGCAUUUUGUCUCUCCUUUGAAUUUUUGACGGCCGUUAUAUUCCGAUGUACUCGCGCAGCUCGCGCCGUUUUCCUUCCUGUUUUUAUAAAUGAGCCGAAUGCCUUCAUCGAUCCCCUCGGCUGGCCCUCUUACUGGAGUUCACGUUCAGUCUCUGCAUUCCAACGCAUUAAUCUCGACCCAAGGGAAUCUGCCAGGAUCCCUACCCCCAGGCGUCUCGCAUACGGUACAUGGCAUGCAACUACUUGGCCCACAUGAGCGAGAUCAUAUAAUGAAUGCAUCUGGGCCGCUGCCAGGUCAUUAUUUUCCGACAAUGGGGAUGAAUUCCGGAUCCCCUCACCACGUGCAAAAUAUGCUCCCUCACGUACACCCACAUCAGUUUCACCAUCCUCAUCACCUAUUGACGCUUGGACGCAUACCGCAUUUCAUUGGGCAGACGGAGUUAAGAAUUUUCGAAAUGAAUAAAAGGCUGCAGCAACGAACAGAUGAUUGCGACAGCCACUGGUGGGAGGCUUUUGCAACGGACUUUUUUGAAGAUGAUGCAACCCUGACUGUUGGGUUCCUGACAGAGGAUGGACCGAAACGAUACACGAUCGGUAGAACGCUUAUCCCUCGGUACUUUCGUAGCAUUUUCGAAAGCGGGUGUGGGGAGCUUCACUAUAUUCUUCGACUGAAUCAUGAAUACAUUCAUCACAGCAGCCUAACACUGGAUUCCGAAGCGGCUACAAUGACUAUGAAUAUGAUUCGCUCAAUACCUGCAACUGUGGUUGUUGAAGGUCGCUUGAACUUGGAAUUUGUUCCUGAUGAGCUACUGCGGAUUCGUUCUUGGAUUUUUCUGAUUCGUUCUCAUCGUGAAAUGAUAAUGCGUUCUAUGCUCGGGAUCCAGGAUCCGACCUUUUUAGAGCAGUUGACGAAGAACAUCACACGCUAUGGAAUGACGACCACAACAUUAAACUUCUUCCGGCUGUGUGUGAUUUUGGAGCCCAUGCAGGAGCUAAUGUCGCGACAAAAAGCCUACAGUCUGACACCUCGCGACUGUCUAAAGACAACGCUUUUCCAAAAAUGGCAGCGAAUGAUGCCCCAAGAAACUACCCGCCAACCUAGUAAAAGGCGUAAGAGAAAAGGUAGCUCGGCAACCAGCGAUGGGACAAAUAAUAGUUCUACUGGACGCGUUUCCAAACGUAAACAAUCCCCUGUUCUCCUUCCUUCCCACCACAUUGCUCAACCAGGCGAUGUCAUGAUCGUCGGCGAGCCCACUUUGAUGGGUGGAGAUUUCGGAGACGAAGAUGAGCGUCUAAUAACGCGGCUGGAAAAUACUCAAUAUGACGCCGCCACGAACACCGCCCCACCCAGUUCACAUAUGCAUCUAAAUUUUCCUGGGGCAGUCGAGCCCUCCGGCGUGAUUUCAUGCCCUAUGGGAAACAUGAAUGUGGCCCUAAACGCCAGUUCACAUUCAGCUUCUGGCGUUCCAUUUCGCUGUUCCAUGGUUCAGGGUGCACUUAAUUCGCAUUUUGGCAUGUGUCCUGGCGAACCUAUUUAUGCGAACAGCUUUCAAUCAAUGUCUCAGCAUCCCUCUUCGCAACAAAUGUCUGCGCUCCAUGGUCACCACCCUAAUACCAAUCGCUUCAUGUCACACAACUUGAAUCCUCAAGCUUACACGACCAUGUCUUCAAGAACUGCAAUGCCCGCUUCAGUAACCCCAAACGCUAGAGAUCCAUAUCCAACACUUGGAGCUGCGGAUUGUGCUCACCACCCAAUUCGCUCGAGUAGCGCCUCUUCGCUUGUUGAAGGCAGCGCGAAUUUGAGUGGUUUUCCUACAUGCCCUUCGCCCAACAUGCUCUCGAGACCCCCGGCUCGCUUUACCCCACCUGGCAUGCCAAAUGGCUUGGGUCCAGUGAGUUCAGUUGGCUCAUCCCAGUCCAGUUUUCUUCUGCCGCCCGAAAUGGUUACUUGCGCUGGUCCCCUAUCCCACUUGCCGAUUCCCUGUGCCACCCUUUGCUCUCCUCCACCAACCUCUUACACUCCUGAAGGCUUGGAUUCCUCAAACAUUAUGCACGCAACAAUGGCUCAAGCUCCCCCAUCAGCUACGAUGAAACCGUCCUCCUCUCCUCUGAUGUUUAACUGCUUCGGCCCUAGCGUCAACGGCCCUUCUUUGCCUGCAGACUCUCUACCCUCUGCAAUCUCUGGAAUUGGUUGUGAAACAAUUGCCGCGAUGCCGUUAAAUGAUCUGGACGAUAUGAAACCCACAUUAGCUCGUCACGGGAGAUCGAAUUCGGAAUCUGUUUGAGAAACUAUUCCGUGGAACUUUUGGGUCUCUGACGGCCUUAUCUGGUCACAACGCGCCAAACCUGACUUCAAAGCACGGUCGUCGCCAUUGACGACUUCCACUUGGUUCCACUGUACAUACUAAUGUAAAUAACGAACUAGAUCGUUGCAGCUUCCCGCUGCACUUCAUCAGCUCGCACAUUAUGUUGCCCAUUACACCCACAUUGCUUGCUCUGGUCUACCACUUGUUUCGACCAACUUGUGUACCAUAUUUUUUUCACCGGCCUUCCACAAGAUGCCAUUUUACAUGUAACUUGUAUCCAUUAUUUUGUACAGGAUUUGUCGGCCUUCAAUCGGUAUCUGACUACUUGUUCUCAGCUUUUUUUUCAAACGGCGUAAAUUUUUUCGAUCUCCGCUUCCAACCAAUCACAUUUUUAUUUUUGUUUGUGUAAAGGACGUCGUAGCAAACGAUUCAAGUUAUCACCUACAUCAAUGUUUUCUUAUGAUCGAUUUUAGUGGAAAAUCGCACACUUGUCUUGAUUGCGGUGCUACUAGUGAUUGAUUGGUGGUGAUUUCUGCGCGCAAUUUUAUUUUCCUUCCGCUGGUUCAAUAAAUCGACGAUCCGGAUACCGACGCCUCGAACUACGGUCACCCACUUUCAACUGCAUCAACUAAGCUUGUAAGCAAAACAGUGGGUCCCCCUUCAGCCAUUUCGUCAAGGCAGAGAGAAGACCGAGAUUGCGAUAUGUCAACAUUUCAAUGGUUCUCUUCAAUCGCAAACACAAUACGAGCAGAAACACACAAAGGAUUAUAUGCAUGGAAAAAAUAAGCAACACUAAUCAAAAUGUCACAGUAAAAACCAUGGCAACCG